AGUAAAGCAGAUAGUUUGGUGAUCUAAUGAGAUUUUAGAGAACGUUUGGUACCGACCGGUGUCUGAAUCAUCGUCACACUUCCGUCCCUGUUGAUCUACAGUUGUACGCGCGCCAGUAUCCGCCGGUGCAUGCGCAAGCUUACACGCCUUGUGGAUUUACUAUCAGUGCGUGAAAAAACGGUUUUGUGUUCUUGAUAAAUGUGUCUGAGUCAUUUGCAUUUUCGGAUCUGUUUUCUUCUAUUGAGCCAGUGAAGCCGAGGCCGCAUCAGCGUCGCACAACCCGGCGUCGGACUUCGAGUCGCUGAUCGAGCGCCUGGAGCGCGUCACCUCGCGCUUGGAGCGCUUGCCGCUGUUGCGAGACCGCGCGUCAUCGCCGCAGGGCUCUCACGCGCCUCCCGCGCCACCCUCGCCACCACAGCAAGAACCGCAGCAGGCCGAAGACUUCUCCGACAUCAUGAGUGUCGUCGCCUAUCAAGAACUCAUUCAGGGUCCCCUGAGGAGUUUCAUGGAGUUGUCGAAGCAGAUUGGAGGCGAUGUAUUAGCCCAAGCCAAUCUUGUGCUUGCCGCUUUCCAGGCGCAGGUUCGCUACCUGGAACUGACGGCGUGUCAACCUAAGCCGCCGAAGGCCCAGGACAUCCAAUAUCUGACGCCGACCAGCGAGCAGAUAAGUGCCAUCCAGCAAUACCGCGAAAGCCACCGCACCUCGCCGUUCUUCAACCACCUCUCGGCUAUAUCUGAGAGCAUCCCCGCCCUGGGCUGGGUGGCGGUAUCGCCCGCCCCCGCGCCUUACGUCAAGGAGAUGAACGACGCCGGCCAGUUCUACACCAACCGCGUGCUCAAGGAGUGGAAGGAGAAGGACAAGAAGCACGUGGAGUGGUGCCGCGCCUGGGUGCACGUGCUCAGCGAGCUGCAGGCCUACGUCAGAGAGUACCACACCACUGGACUCGUCUGGGCUGGUAAGGGUAGCGCGGUGGCCCCUCCCCCGCCGCCGCCGGGCGCCAUGCCCCCGCCGCCCCCCGCGCUGCCCGACACUGACUUCGCCAAUAUGGCCAUCGACGACCGCAGCGCUCUGUUCGCAGAGAUCAAUCAGGGCGAGGGUAUUACCAACACUCUGCGCAAGGUGACUGCUGACAUGCAGACGCACAAGAACCCGUCGCUGCGGCAGGCGCCUGCGCCGGCGCCGGUGCGCGGCGGGGCGGGCGGCGCGGGCGGCGUGCACAAGCCGCUGCCGCAGCCCGGCGCCGGCGCGCUGCCCGACAAGCCGCCCGUCUUCAUGCGCGACGGCAAGAAGUGGCUCAUUGAAUACCAGAAGGGCAACCCGGACCUAGUGGUGGAGAACGCGGACAUGAACAACGUGGUGUACAUGUACCGCUGCCGCGAGUCUGCGCUGACGGUGCGCGGCAAAGUCAACGGCGUCGUGCUCGACUCCUGCACCAAGUGCGCCGUCGUGUUCGACAACCUCGUCUCCAGCAUCGAGUUCGUCAACUGCCAGUCCGUGCAGAUGCAGGUGUUGGGCAAGGUGCCAACGAUUUCAAUCGACAAGACGGACGGGUGCCAGAUCUACUUGUCGCCGGACUCUCUCGGCGUGGAGAUCGUCAGCUCCAAGUCUUCGGAGAUGAACGUGCUCGUGCCCAAGAACAACGGUGACUUCAUCGAGCACCCGAUCCCGGAGCAGUACAAGACGGUGCUGAACAACUCGCAGUCCGGCCUCGUGACGUCGCCCGUCGAGAACAAGGGCUAAGCAGCAGGACAUGCGCGCCCGAGGUCACCCGCGUUCACUCUCUUCAUUAGUUUUAUUUACGGAUCCUUGUCGGGGCGCCACCAAAUACAUUCGUUGCACUCAUUAGUUCAACAUGAACACCUCCGCCCGCCUCGACAUAUUGAAAUAAGCACAAAUAAUAAUUAUACAUUGUUGUUAGAACAUGAUUCUCGGGUGUCGACGUGCAUUCGAUCAUUAACAUUUGUCAUCGUAAUUGUUCAUUUCUUGCUCACUUCACUUAAUCGUAGUAUUUUAAAUAUGUAAUUAAAUCUAAUAUGGCGUAGAUAAACUAAGUCAUGUAUUUAUUGGGCCUUUGUGUUGUUUCCUCUCAUGAAUGUUCUGAGCUAUAGAUUGACGUGAGUAUACUGCGCAGGAGUUGAUUUAUAUCUAAACGGAGUACCGCUCGGUACGGGAUAAGUUAGUUGUAAGCCGUGUGUUUGUUUGUCUCGAGUUUGUAUAAGGAAAGCUUUAUAUCUCGAUUCUCGACUUUUGCUAUUAGUUAACUAGUAACACUGUCUGUUUAAAACCCCGUUGAGCUUGACCUGGGUCUGAGCUUGAGGUCUAAUGUUUGUCUAAUAGUUAUUCUAGGCGUUUAUCGUAUUUCAUAUUUGACUCUGAAUGUAAUUAUCCCAAAUAUAUUUAAAAUGCGACAUUGCGUUCAAUUAACAUUUGUAAUUAUUUUAUAAUUUUGUAUUGAAAUGAAGUAUUACCUUACAGAUCGACGAUUAGUUUGUUUUGUAUUCAUGUAAUUAUUAUUGUGACUUGAAGUAUAAUAAUUGUAAUUAUUUAUUACGCCAUCUUUAUUUAUGAAGGUUUAAAUAUUGUAUUACAAGUUUGCAUUUUGUUAAAUUAUUUGUCGAGAUUAAAUUUAUUUUUAAGAAA